CCUCCUCCUCACCUCCAGCUGUUCCCAUCCUCCUUCUCCUCUGACUCUGUCUGACUCCACUGACCCGGGCUCCAUCCGCGGGAGAGGAGGUGAACUAUGUGACGGAGGAGCGGAGCCUCGAUGAUGCUCUGUGUGUGAUCAGACUUGUGUGUGUGUGUGUGUGUGUAUACGGACCAUGUGUUUCUGUUGACUGGGCUCUCGGAGGGACGCUCGGCGGGAUGCUGCAGCCCGGCAGCCCGGUGAUGCUGCGAGGAGAGCGGACCUGAGUGAGCAGCUCUGCAGGGGGGGGGACCCAGGGCUCCUCCAUCUUUGUUGGAUCUAUUGUGAGACUAAGUGCACAGUGGGCAGCGAAGGGUCCCAGGGUCCUUAUCUUCCUCUUCCUCUUAUUCUCCCCUGAUCAUGUCCACCGGAGCCAGACGAUGACUUUCCACAAUGAGUCAGAAGAGACCUUCCCUCCCUCCUUCCCUCCCUCCUUCCCUCCCUCCUUCUCGGAGCACAACUUCUCCGUCUUAUUCACCCACGACCCCUCGGACUUCCCCACCUCCUCCCCGCUGACCUCCUCCAACUGCACCAGCCCCCAGUCGGCCUCCUCUCCCCCGUACAACUUCUACGCGGUGCUGCUGGUGCUCCUCAUCUUCUGCGUGGUGUUCGGCAACGUGCUGGUGUGCGUGGCGGUGUCUCGGGAGCGGGCUCUGCAGACCACCACCAACUACCUCAUCGUCUCACUGGCUGUGUCCGACCUGCUGCUGGCCACGCUGGUCAUGCCGUGGGGCGUCUACCUGGAGUGUGUGGUGGGAGAGUGGCACUUCAGCCUCAUCCACUGUGACAUCCUGCUCACCCUGGACGUCAUGAUGUGCACGGCCAGUAUCCUCAACCUCUGCGCCAUCAGCAUCGACAGGUACACAGCGGUGGCCAUGCCGCUGCUCUACAACACCAGAUACAGCUCCAGGCGGAGGGUGGCGGUGAUGAUCGCUGUGGUGUGGUUCCUCUCGUUUGCCAUCUCCUGCCCAUUACUGUUUGGACUCAACAACACUGCCGACCCAGAAGGCACCACCUGCAGUUUUGCCGACCCGGCCUUCGUGGUGUACUCCUCUGUGGCCUCGUUCUACGUUCCCUUCAUCGUCACAUUGCUGGUGUAUGCGCAGAUCUGCGUGGUGCUGCGCAAGCGAGGCAGACGCACGGCCCCGUCGCGCAGACACGGUCUGCACACGCAGCGCGGGGCUGAAGCAGGAGAGGGUCAUCGGCACAGAAAGAAUAAGUGCACACAGCCAGAGGAUGUGAAGUUAUGCACCCUGAUCCUGAGGCCCAGCACAGCCGCCCCGCAGCGCAAGAAAGUGACCCUGGUGAAGGAGGCCGUGGUUCACCCCCUCGAAGUGGAGCCGGGUCAGUUUCUGCCGCAGACGGGGCAGAGUCUGGCUCCUCCCCCUGCGCCCCAGACCUCCUCCCACUCGGGACGGGCAACCAUCUCCCUGUCCAUCUCCGUCGGACCUGCCCCGGUUCUCCCUUCAACCGUGACCCGAUCGGGCCUGAUGCCUCGUCCCCCAACUCUGGAGGAUGGCAUGAGGGGGCGCGAGGGAUGGAGGGAGCGCAGCGGAGGCAGAGAGAGAUGGGGGAUCACCAAGGAGAGGGUGAGAGGGAGGCUGUCUCAGCAGAAGGAGAGGAAGGCGACACAGAUGCUCGCUAUCGUCCUCGGCGUGUUCAUCAUCUGCUGGCUGCCUUUCUUCCUGACCCACGUGCUGAAGGCCCACUGCAGGAGCUGCUGCAUCACGCCCUCGCUCUACAGCGCUGUCACCUGGCUGGGAUACCUCAACAGCGCCGUCAACCCCAUCAUCUACACCACUUUCAACAUCGAGUUCCGCAAAGCCUUCAUCAAGAUCCUGCACUGCUGAGAGCCGCCGAGAUGAAAGGUGUCAGGACGCAGGCAGAAGGCCUUUGAGACCGGAGAUGAGAGUAAGUGGAGGUGAAAGGGAGGAUCAAGGGAGGAGGAGGAAACAGGUUGGAUUCACGAUAACUUAAGAUGAUAUCAACUUUCUGGGAAAUUAAAUAUGAGAGAAAUUUUACCUGCAGAUCAGGGGAAAAAAACUUUGGAAAGAAACAAACUGCUAGACGGAAGAAAAAUGUGUGUGACAAGUAAAAGACAAGAAGCACAAACAAGCUGGAGAUAUUUCUGGAAAAGACGCACUGUGUUGUGUACAUUGUGUCUGUGCAGGGAAUACGUGACUGAGGACGUUGCCACAUUCAUCUGCACGACUCCACAUAUGUCAGACUCGCUGAGACGCGACCGUUUUCCCAAUUUGCUGGAACGCUCGACUGGUGUCAGACCCUUCGCUGUUGUAUUUUCUUGUAAUCUUGACAAACAGCAUCUUUUUAUUUGUUUGCAUGUGGUCGCCUCUCUCAAAGGACUGGAACAAGUCAAAGCACGAAAAAAAACCCAUCUUCGACUUAAAGAGUACAACAGGAAACUGAAGUCGCAGAUUUCAUUGUGGACCUUUUCGCUCUCUGUUUACUUACGUGUAACAUUUGGUGUCGUAGUAAUACUUUGACUGGUGAGAACAGGGAUCACAGCUGUUGUAAGGACCUUUGGUAAUAAAACCUUUUAUUUUGGUGCUUACCUUGUGUAUGUAAUGUACAUUAAGAUCAAAUAAAAAUAGAAUGAAUUAGAAUAAAUUAAAUAUCUGCAAAGUAUGAGCGAAAGCAAAACUGGUGACAAAUGAACAAAGCAAUUGACUAAUUCUUCAUGUAUAGAUCGAUAAAGUUAAUUUUACUAGAAAGGUUGUUUAAGUUUUAUUUAAUAAUAUUUCACACAUUUGAACAGUGUGUAUUCAGACAGGACUCCACGUUGGGAUUCAAACCUCCAUCCUUCCCAUUAAAUGCUGUUUAAUGUUGCUCUGGGCCUUUGCCUGUUUUUUAAUCCUGAGAUUGGAAGAUGUGGUGUGGUGCGUGUUUUUAUCUGCUCCUUCCAAAGAAUGUAGAUUUUAAUAUUUAAAAUUGUCCUGGUUAUCCAACCGCCUGAAAAUGUGUUUUGUCCUCAUGAUUACAGUAAAAGUCGUUCCUAAAAAUACAACCUGUACCAACACUUGAAGAGAAAUGGUUUGAUUUACACAUGUAAUUAACAUGUCACUGGCUGGGGGCUGUGACCCACUGGUAGAUUGUUAACCUUGGGUUUUAUUUAGAUCCCAGAGAUGGAGCCUGUGAAGCAGGUUUGUUGACACUUUUAUUAUUUUUCCUUGUGAGAUAUUUUCUUUGUCCGAGAAUCCUGAACAUCUCUGACUUGCAGUCACAUUUCGAAGGGUUAAGGUUACAUUUUUCAAAAUAAAUUGCUUAUUAGGGUCUAAACAUGAAUGUGGAACAUGGGGAGGGGGUUAUCUGUUAUGUCUUGUUAUGUGUUAUGCUGUGAUUCUUGUCUCGUCGUGGGCACGAUGAGGCAAAUUCCAAACAACUGAGUUGUGUGGCAAUAAAGUGUUGAAUCUUGGAAGCUAAACUAACAGUGAA